AUGGCUUCCACGCCUUCGCCUUUACCUCCUCCAAUGACCACACGACGAAGAGCUCGCGACAUUGCUCAGGCAGAAAAGCCGCGCCUCAAGUAUCCAGUUGUGCCUCCUAUCUUUGAUAUCACUGAACCUCAUGCUGUCGAGGUCAAGGAAGAACUUCGUGAGAGGUUCGACGACCUGUGCGAAGAAGCCGGCUGGGUACCUACAAAUGCUAUCCGAGAAGAGCUUGAAGUUCUCACCAAACUUGACACAAAAUGGAAACAACGCGACUGCGAAGCAGCAUUGUUCGCCUUUGUCCAGCACCUGGACUUUGUGUGGAUGAAUGGCUAUGUCUUGCUCGGUCGCAAGAAGUUCAAAGAAGGGAUUCUUUGCGUCUGGUAUCGUCCAAUCUACGCUCCCACAGAGCGCAGGAUUGAGUUUUGCUAUGGGCCCAGGAAGACUGUCUUCAAGCCUGAGGGCUUGCCAGGCAGAGUCGACAAAGACAAAGUUUGGCCACCAUUUACCAAACUGUUCGACUUGACCAAGCUCAAGCGAGAUAAGCAGAAUCUCUAUCUCACUGGCGUCUGGGAAAUCUUACACAAGUUCAAGCAUAUGCGCGGUAUUCUCGACCCCAAUGGCUUCGAGGACGAUGUAUCAAGACCUGGCCAUCCAGAGCUGCCGUUCCUGCCUGGCUCCACUUGGUUGAGACAGCGAGGAGUUCUGUGGAUUGACGACUCUCCAAAAAGUCAGGACACUGAGCUCCGCAGUAGACAUCGCUCGCAGUCACUCGAUGAGUUGAACCCAGAUACUCAUAUCGAGAACGACGAAGCUUCUCAAUCCACCAGCACGAGAUCAUCCGAUGGCGCUAUCGAACACCAAUCUCGUUCAUCAACGGAUGUCAAUGAAAUGAGCUGUGCUCAAUCAAUGACUACAAGUAGCUCAUCUGUCCUCGACAUCGAAGGAGCGCGCGGAAACAAACGCAAAGCAAACAGCAUCCCUGAUGGGUCACCAUCUCGAAAGCAGGCUUAUCUCUCCGUUGCUGAUGAUGUCAAUUCGGCUUGGUGCUCCAAGGCCACUAUCGUAUCAUCAUUGCCUGCGUCUCCCUCAGUCAAUAUGAUCCAGCAUUACGAGACUAGAAACCCUUCUUCCUCGAGCGAGCCUUUGCUCCAUGAGGUGAAUCCACCUGCCUUGACUGAUCAACGCAGUCAAAGCGAUGCUGGAGCGCACGCUAUAGGCGGAGCAUCACAGGAACGAGAGACACAACGCAAGAUCAUCACCAUGUUCCGAAGUAGUGUGCGUGCUCACACUAUUGAACCGCAAUCCGCGACUUUUGCUGGAGAAUCGAUCAACACAAAGGUCGUUGAGUCGUUGAAACACUCUACCAUGAUCGCAGAAACCUCGAAGCUCCCUCAACGACUCGCUGAGGCCCAGAAUCAUGUUGACAGUCUCCUUGGCCACCUCCUGCGGAACGUCCAAGUCUCAAGCUUCGUCGACAUCACUUCAGGCCAGGCUCAGCUCCGAAUCGUCGCCCAUCUACCCGCCAAUCUCUUUCAACCACUUACCCUCAAGUUUUCGCCAGUGGUAUGGUUGGGUACAUCGCCAGUUUUGCCCUCUCGUGAUCACAUAAUACAGGAGUUAGAAAGAAUCGCGAUUGACAGUUUCAAUCCUCAGCAGCGAGCUACACAGCAACAUAACUUUGAAUUACCACCAGAACGCCAUGAGGCCGUGUUCGCAGCUCCUGUCGCAUUGAUGGUACGUCAGCAAGACAAGUCAAGCAGUGAGAGCUGUAUCACUGUUGACCAAGCAAGAAAGCUUCUUCAUGGUCCUCGUGCAAAGAUUGUGUCUUCUGGAAAAGAGAAAGACGGAGGUCUCGAAUUGUUCAGCUUUGGCUUUACCUUUCCUUCCGCCGCAACUGAGGCGCGUCCCCUUGAUUUCAACUUUAGUCCAGUUCUCUCGAAGGAAACUAUUCCAGUCGGCCUCACCAAGAGUCAAGCCUUCAGAGCUCUUGCCGAGUAUGCAAGAGAAGACGAAGAGUGUUAG